CAAUGCCAAAAUAACUCAACUGACAGGCCGGCGUUUUUUUACAAAAUUCCGUUUUUCUCACUUAAACGUUCUUUACCUCCGACAGUACCACGUUGUUCAUUGAAUUUUUACGUUUUUUUAUAAAGCAAUGAUGCAAAAUUUCCACAUUAAGGAAGACGCGGAGAACAACGACGCUCGAAGGAGGAAAAAGAGCAAAAAACUCCUGAAGGAGCUGACGCAUGGUGCCGUACCUAGAGGAGCCUUACAAGUUGUUGCCGUCUCUAACACCGCAGCUCUAGAGGAUUUAAAUAAUGGGUCCAAGAGGGACGUUAAAAGAAUUAAACUGAUUAGUGAGGACGAGCCUUGCCUUAAAGUAACCCUUGAAAAAAUCUACCAGAAAGCAUUAAAAACUAAGAAAUCCGAAGAAGAACUGAACGAAAGGCUUCUAUACGUAGCCGAAUACAGACAGGACGUCUGGAAAUACUUAUUAGAACUGGAAAGGAACCAGAACUACCCAAAGCCCCAAUACAUGCUGAAACAGACGGAAAUCUGCUGGCGCACCAGGGCCAUCCUGGUCGACUGGUUUGCCAGCGUCACUGAGGAGUACUCACUUUCUAACGAAACGUUCCAGUUGAGCGUCAAUUACGUCGAUAGGGUUUUAAGCAAACUGAAUGUGGUGCGUACGAAAUUCCAGCUGGUGGGCGUGGCGGCGAUGUCCUUGGCAGGUAAAAUGGAGGAAAUAUCACCCAUAGAUGUGCAGGAGUGGACCUACUUGGCAGGAGACGCGUUUACCAGCAAUCAAAUAUUGAAAAUGGAACGAUUAGUGGCGCGGGUUCUUAAGUGCAAUAUGCGUCCUCCAACUAUCACCAGUUUUAUUGAACAUUUUUGUGUUGAACACUCUUUAAAUUCGAAAACCACCCAUUUGGCCUUGUAUCUCAGCGAUCUGGUUUUACUGGAGGGAGAGGAGUAUUUGAACGUUUUACCGUCGAAGUUGGCUGCUUCUUGUAUCGCAUUGGCUCGAUACACUUUAGCAGAAACUCGUCCCUGGCCGAAGAAGUUCCAAGAGCAGUUCGGUUAUACCGUUCAGCAGUUGAGUCCUGUCCUGAAAAAGCAGCAGAAAACCUUCCGAGACCGUCCUGCGAAGGAACAAAAAGCCAUCCAGACCAAAUACGUGGGAGAAAAGUAUGACAAGGUGGCCCUCUUAAAACCGAGAAGCUGUUUGAAUUUUGAGGAAUUUGCCGGUGAGGAGUGAAUAAAAAAAGUAGGGUUAGGUAUACAUGUAUUUAAUGUUUAGUCCCCGUAAGCUGACUGUUUAAAUGGUGUUUUUUAUAUACAAUGAUUUUUUUUAAAAGAAAAACUAUAUAGGGAUAUUUUUUUGUUUAUUAUCUAUUUUUAACUUUGUAUUAAGAACAAAAUGUAAUAUAUAAUAUUACUGUAUUUAUAUUA